CAGGGUUGAUUUUGGUAUCUUGAAAAUGUAUGUUGAGGUUUCAAAUAUGUAUAACAAAAGUCAUUCCUUCUGUUUCAGGUGUUGGUUCAACGAUGCUGGGACUCGACCAACGUCUGCUGCCAUUCUUCGUGGUUGUCCAGGGCUACACAGUAUGUAAGUGGGGCUUACAUGGCGAGCACUGCAACCUAACAUGCCCCCAGAACUGUGCCCUUCUUCCUCCACUUGAUGUUCCCUACUGUGACACUGACACGGGGAAGUGUUCUGAGGGAUGCCAGCGUGGUUGGCAUGGUGAUCUGUGUAAUCAAGACUGCAACCGGAACUGUAUACAACAGACAUGCAACCAUCAAACUGGGCACUGUACACUUGGCUGCAGUGGAACUAACACAGGCUUUUUUUGUCAUGAUACUGGAGAGUGUGGUCGUGGCUGGUAUGGUGAUCUGUGUCAACACCCCUGCAGCAUCAACUGUCUGGAGGAAAGAUGCAACCACACAACUGGAGCAUGUAAACUUGGCUGCAGUGGGACUUACACAGGGGAGUUUUGCAACACCACAAAAGUUGUGAACAACAAGGAAGAUGCAAACAGCCUGGAUGCCGUACUGGAACUUCUCUCACUGAAUGUAGCAGUCGCAGCCACAGUCGCUGGUGCAGUCACACUCACAGUGACAUUCACAGUCAUUGUGUUCUUAAGAUGGCGGACAAGAAAGAACAGAAGGAAGCGACAGAUGAACAGUUCCCAAGUUCCGAGUUCAACUGACAUAGAAGUUUCGCGGCCAGCAGAUUCGGAGGAAAUGUUGAUGAAGGCAUGCUAGAAUCACAGGAAGAAUACUGGGAGACAUAUUGACAUGGAGAUGAAGGCUGUGAUGUUGUUAAUGUUAAUGGCGUUUUGAUAUUUAACCUGCUACAAUAUGUUUUAUAUUUCAUGACGUAUGCCCUUUAUUUACCUUUUGUGUGAUACUACUAUUAACAGACAUUAUUGAAGGCAAAAGGUAAAAGUACCGUAAGAAU